AUGUCCACAGGAGAUAACGUUCAAGGAGAACCAAAGUAUGUACCAUAGAAACUAGCCAUGUGGGUCUCUUUCUUUUGGCUAAUGGAUAGGGCUAUAUGGAAAAGGAAAAAAAAAAAAAAAAAAAAGAAAAACCUUGCAAGAAUAAUAUCAAAGAGAGGGUUCAUGCUGAAGGAGAGAUCAAGGCCACUCGACAUUGGGAAUGCAAUUGACCUGACCUGUCCUGACCUGUCUAGUUGUGGUGGGUCUGUAGCAAUUCAUAGAAUUUGCACCGAGGUGCGAUUUCCCUCCCUUUCCAUUCCCGUUACCCCUGGGAUACAGUUUUUCCAGCAAUUUUUUUUUUCUCCCAGCGUUUUUUAGUUCUAACCAGUGGGCGAGUGGAACAAAGACAAGAAAUAGAACCCACGGAGCAUGACAGAGGAACCAUAAAAACCAGAAAACCAAUACGGGAUAUAAAUACAACUCCAAGUUUUUUGUCCGUGAUGCCCACACAUUCACUUUUUGGUUCAUUUUUCUGGUUUUUGAUUUUUUGAUUUUUUGAUUUUUUUCAACUUGUAGGAUACCAGCAUGGCGUCACCUUCAUCCACAGCAAUCAAGAGACUUUCUGCAAUUUCCAAUCAUGUCGCCGUGAUGAGCAAUACUAACAGUCUGAUUUGUAGAGGUGAUUUCGGUUUGAUUGGUUUGGCCGUUAUGGGUCAAAACUUGAUCCUUAACGCCGCUGACCACGGCUACACUGUUGUUGCUUACAACAGAACCACCUCAAAAGUUGACCACUUUAUUGCCAACGAAGCCAAGGGCAAGUCCAUUAUUGGAGUUCACUCCAUCAAGGCAUUGGUUGACAACUUGAAGAGACCAAGAAAGAUUAUGUUGUUGGUCAAGGCUGGUGACGCUGUCGACAACUUUAUUGGCCAAUUGCUUCCUUACUUGGACAAGGGCGACAUUGUCAUUGAUGGUGGUAACUCCCACUUCCCAGACUCCAACAGAAGAUACGACGAAUUGAAGGCAAAGGGAAUCUUGUUUGUUGGUACUGGUGUUUCUGGUGGUGAAGAAGGUGCUAGAACUGGUCCAUCCUUGAUGCCCGGUGGUAACGAAGCUGCUUGGCCCGAGAUUAAAAACAUUUUCCAAGACAUUUCAGCCAAGUCAGAUGGUGAGCCAUGUUGCGAUUGGGUCGGUGAUGCUGGUGCAGGUCACUACAUCAAGAUGGUCCACAAUGGUAUCGAAUACGGUGACAUGCAAUUGAUUUGUGAAGCUUACGAUGUCAUGAAGAGAAUCGGUAAGUUUACUGAAAAGGAAAUCGCCGACGUUUUCACCAAGUGGAACUCGGGGGUCUUGGACUCAUUCUUGAUUGAAAUCACCAAGGAUAUCUUGAACUUUGACGAUCCAACCGAUAACAAGCCGGUUGUUGAGAAAAUCUUGGAUACCGCUGGUCAAAAGGGUACUGGUAAAUGGACCGCGAUCAAUGCGCUCGACUUGGGUGUUCCAGUCACCUUGAUUGGUGAAGCUGUCUUUUCUAGAUGUCUUUCAGCCUUGAAGGACGAGAGAGUCAAGGCUUCCAAGAUCUUGGAAGGUCCAGAAGUCACUGGCGAAUCCCCAAUCAAGGACAAGCAAGCAUUCAUUGAUGACUUGGAACAAGCCUUGUACGCCUCCAAGAUUAUCUCAUACGCUCAAGGUUUCAUGUUGAUGAACCAAGCUGCCAAGGACUACGGCUGGAAAUUGAACAAUGCCGGUAUCGCUUUGAUGUGGAGAGGUGGAUGUAUCAUUAGAUCCGUGUUUUUGAAAGAGAUUACUGCUGCUUACAAAGAAAACCCACAAUUGGACAACUUGUUGUUCCACCCAUUCUUCAAAGACGCCAUCACCAAGGCUCAAAAAGGGUGGAGAGCCUCGGUUGGCCACGCCAUUGCCGGCGGUGUUCCAACCCCAGCUUUCUCCACCGCAUUGGCCUUUUACGACGGUUUGAGAUCGGAAAGAUUGCCUGCUAACUUGUUGCAAGCCCAAAGAGACUACUUUGGUGCCCACACCUUCCAAGUUCUUCCAGGUAAGGAAACCAAGUUCUUGCCAAAGGACCAAUGGGUCCACGUCAACUGGACCGGUAGAGGUGGUAAUGUCUCUGCUUCCACUUAUGAUGCUUAA